AACAUUUAAAUAAAGUUGGCGCUUCAAAUGACGUCAUUGAACUGCGCCAAUAGGCCACUGAAGCCACAUGGGGGGGAGCAGAAAUUCGGAGUUUUGUUUUGGUUUUGCUUCCCUUCUAAACAAUGUGGAUUUCACUUAAUGUUGGGAGUCGUCGGGAGUAGAGAAACAAAGUAUUGCCUUUUCAGAUCAUGCCCCUAGAACUUGACCUUCCACCGGCAAAGAAGUUCAAGCCGGGAUCGCCUCUUUUUGCUUUGAAUAAAAAGCCUGGUAUGCUGCUUCCCAGGACUGGAAUUUCUUCGGUCCCCAUCGAGGUACAGCGUAAACAUCUUCCAAUCUAUCAAGCCAGAACGCACCUUAUAAACCGGCUAAGGCAGCUUCAGAACACGAUUCUCAUAGGAGAAACUGGCUCUGGGAAGACAACGCAGAUUCCCCAAUAUCUGUAUGAAGCUGGCAUUGGACGUCAGGGUAUUGUAGCCAUCACACAGCCCCGAAGGGUUGCAGCCAUCUCUUUAGCAGCCAGGGUAUCGGAAGAAAAAAAGAGUGAAUUGGGAAAACUGGUAGGAUACACCGUGCGUUUUGAAGAUGUUACUUCUGCUGAAACCAAGGUGAAGUUUAUGACAGAUGGCAUGCUGUUACGGGAAGCACUUGGGGACCGGCUUUUGCAAAGAUAUUCCAUAGUAAUUCUUGAUGAAGCUCAUGAGAGGACUCUUCACACGGAUGUUCUAUUUGGAGUGGUAAAAAAUGCACAGGAGAGGCGGAAGGACAAAUUUCCUUUAAAGGUGAUCAUUAUGUCAGCUACUAUGGAUGUAGACCUGUUUUCCCAGUACUUCAAUAACGCACCGGUUUUGUAUUUGGAAGGCAGGCAGCACUCCAUCCAGAUAUUUUAUACCAAGCAGACUCAGUCAGACUACCUCCAGGCAGCACUAAUAUCUGUGUUUCAGAUUCACCAGGAGGCUCCUUCUUCGCAUGACAUUUUAGUGUUUCUGACAGGGCAAGAAGAAAUUGAAGCCAUGGCCCGUACAUGCCGAGAUAUUGCUAAACACCUACCUGAUAGCUGUCCACAAAUGACUGUCGUCCCUCUCUAUGCUUCUCUUCCCUAUAUGCAGCAGAUGAAAGUUUUCCAAGUUGCUGCAAAGGGCUGUCGAAAAGUCAUCCUUUCAACAAACAUUGCAGAGACCUCCAUUACUAUUCCUGGGAUUAAAUUUGUCAUUGAUACUGGGAUGGUGAAGGCAAAGCGCUAUAAUCCAGACAGUGGGCUUGAAGUUUUGGCUGUGCAGAGGAUUUCUAAAGCACAGGCAUGGCAGCGUACUGGGAGGGCAGGCCGCGAAGACAGUGGAGUGUGUUAUCGUCUGUACACAGAGGAAGAAUUUGAGAAGUUCAACAGCAUGACAGUGCCAGAAAUACAGCGGUGCAAUCUGGCCAGUGUGAUAUUACAACUAUUGGCUCUGAGAGUUCCAAAUGUCCUUGCUUUUGACUUCAUUUCCAAACCAUCUCCAGAUUCUAUUCGAGCUGCCAUUGAGCAGUUGGAUUUGCUAGGUGCUGUAGAACAGAAGGACAAUCAGGUCAUACUAACUGCCUUGGGGAAGAAAAUGGCUUCUUUUCCUCUGGAACCAAAAUUUUCAAAGGCAAUUCUGUUAUCGCCUGAAUUUCACUGCACAGAGGAAGUCUUGACUAUUGUUUCACUAUUAUCUGUGGACAGUGUCCUCUACAACCCACCCAAUCGACGUGAUGAGGUACAUUCUGCCAGAAGAAAAUUCAUCUCAAGUGAAGGUGACCACAUGAGCCUUCUCAGUAUCUAUCGGGCCUUCAAAAAUGUGAAUGCAAAUAAGGAUUGGUGCAGGGAGAAUUUUGUGAACAGCAGAAACAUGGCUCUAGUGACAGAGAUACGUUCUCAGCUGAGGGACAUUUGCUUAAAGUUGGGAAUGACGCUGGAGUCCUCCCGCAUGGACACGGGAAAUGUCCGUCGCUGCCUGGCACACGGCCUUUUCAUGAAUGCAGCGGAGCUCCAGCCCGACGGUAGCUAUCUUGCUCUUGACUCCCAUCAGCCUGUUGCUAUUCACCCUUCUUCCGUGUUCUUCAACAGCAAACCCUCCUAUGUCAUAUACAAUGAGCUGCUUCACACCUCCAAAUGUUAUAUGAGGGACUUGUGUUUGGUAGAUGCAGAAUGGUUACACCAGGCAGCACCCGAAUACUUUAGAAGAAAACUGCGUGUGGUCAAAAGCUAGUUGUCCACCAGUUCACAACUUGUACUGAUAUUUGGAAACCAUUGUGAGUAAUGCUGCUGUUGCAGUAUGCCUUGUUUAUCAAGAGAAAAUUGGAUUUACUUUUUUAAAGUUUUAUGGAGACUAUUUGAAUAUAUUUUUUCUGUAAUUAGAAUGUUUCUUGAAUUUAUACAGAGUAACAGUUAUAACUAACAAUUGGUAAUAUUGAUUUAAAAAGGAGAUCAGUAUAAUGUAAAAGACUUUCUUUACUUUUUAAAAAAUGCUGUUUAAUUACGGUAAUUAAACAAUUAUUGUUUCUGCUGUUUUACUUGUUGAAAUGCAUAUGUCCAAAGGUAAUCAGCAGAAUCAAAAGAAGAACUGCUUAUUUAAUGUUUAUUUAGAUGAUUCAUAUGUACUUCUUUGUAAACUGAACAGCAAUAGAUUAAUGGCAUUAAGACUCUGUUCGUUGACCGUCUACAAUGUGCUUCAUGUACAAAAAGGAACACAAAUGUGGGUUAUGGGUAUAGCAAGCCUGAACAGAGUCCACUUGUCAUUUUGAUUUUUAUUUAUUUUUUGCCACAAUAUGCAUGUAUUGUUACCAUGCUUGUUUGUCAACACUGUAAAAUUUUAUCCAUACCAAUAAUUGCUCUACUUUUAUUACCCUCAAUUCACAGAGGACACUUCUCUAUCUAAUAAAUAAUACCCUUAGGUGGAGCAUGAUCAUUUAUAUUUCUUUAUUGAUUAUUCCUAUCCAUCCAUCCAUUCAUUUACUGAACUCAGCCUUUAAAAUCUCAAUUAGUGGGUAAAUGAAGCCCAUCCCUGCAGCACUGGGCACGAGAAAUGAGCCUUGAAUAAGGGUGGGUACAGGUCCUUUGUGGAAUAUGCUUGCUCACACUGAUCCAGUUUAGAGUCAUCAGUCAACUUAACACAUACACAUCCUUGGGAGGAACCUGGAGAAUAUACAGGGAGACGGUGCCAACUCUACACAAACCAUACUUUUAAAGGAUAAUUUAAGCAUUUUUCAUGGGAAAGUUACUUCACAAGCAUGCCUCAGAAAUGCAGAAGGCACUUUUGCUGCUUCAAGCUGGAAGGUAUUUAGUAAGUUUUAAAGGUUUUUGUGUUCAUAUUGGACUCUGAUGUUGUUUACUUCUAGUAUAAGACACAAGAGCAGGCUGGGUAUUUUUUUUAAAUAUAAUUGUAAAGAAAUAACUUGGACUUUAAAAACACCAAACUUAUCCUUUUCCAUGAUUUGAAGCACACUGAUAUCUCCCUGCUUUAUCUUACUGUAGUUUCUGUUAUCCACUGUCAUUUAGUAUGAAUUUUGUAUUAAACAUGGCUUGGCAUGGUAACAGACGUAAGCUAGAUAUCUGCAUUGAAUCAGUUUGUGUUUCUUCGUGUUCUUUGCAAUUUUUCUUGUGGCUUUUCAUUGUGUUAACAUUUUUUUUAUUCAAUGAUUAAAUUCCUUUAUUUUCUGCAGUAAGUACUGUAGAAUAUAAACUACACCUUGUAUGGUAAGACUAAUGCAAUUGUUCCUAAUGCACUAAUAUUUUUGUGUUAACGUUUUUUGCAUGUUGGUGCCUCCUUUUAUUUAGCUGCCUCUUUUAUUAAGAAUUUCAGGAAUUGUUUAUGUAUUCAAUGGUGGAUACAUCUGUGUAAGAUAAUGGUUUGAAAUAAACAAAUGAAUCAAUUAAUAUGA